GCCGCCCAUGAUAGCGGCGUCCGACCGUUAUUGUCCUUCGAGUCCGCUUCGACGUCAUCCCGCUCGACCAGCAGCCGAACUACCGCCUCGUGCCCUCUCCAUACUGCGCAUGACAGCGGCGUCCGACCGUCGUUGUCCUUCGAGUCCGCUUCGACGUCGUCCCGCUCGACCAGCAGCCGAACUACCGCCUCGUGCCCUCUCGCUGCCGCCCAUGCCAGCGGCGUCCGACCGUCGUUGUCCUUCGAG